UUUUUUGAACACUAUUUCGUCAUUUUUGCUUCAUUCUUUGUUUGAAGUUUUGUGGAUUAACUUAUAAGCACAUUGUCAAGAUCGUUGACACAACGACUCCUGAUCGAUCGUGACUAAUAAUCUGCUAUUCUCCUGGCACCAGCACCAGCACGUUUCGAGAAAUGGCGCGUGUCGAGAUGUUUCGUUCCUUGCAGCAGCUGUCAUGUCACUCGUUUGAGACUGUGUCUGUGUCUGUGACUGUCUAUCUGUGACUCUUUGAGAGGUGGAGUUUCUUCACUACGAGACGUGACCUUGACGUGACCUUGACCCUGACCUUGGACCUUGAUUUAGCAGCCGCUUUCGCUCAGGUCCGAAGAAGCCGCCUUUUCCUCUCUUCCCGCAAGGGGUGUGCGUUUACAUGGGCUUUUGAUUGGCUCACAGGCCGCUUCAAGUGCCGUGUCAUUCGAAGAUUGGUUGCAUUGACCAUGAAGAGCUUCAUGAUAUUGACGGUCCCUAGCCGAACCAAGGUUUCUCUCACUGAGAUGAAGAAAAAGUUUUCAUCUCCUAGUUUGAUUGUCUUAUUUCCAGGUUUUGUUAUGGAAUCUGUAUCAGUAGACCUCCUUGCAUUACCAUGUGGUUCUUGGGACUUUGCCCUGCUGACGUUGGCCCUAAAGGUUGAGUCAUGAGAAACAUCCAGAACAUCUCAGAGGGAGAAAUUCAACGGUUGUCUAAGGGCAAUCAUUCCACUCAUUCUAUCAGUGACAUUCUGAUAAUCGACAAAGGUCGCCAAGGUCGCAUCGCUGAAAGAUUUACAUUUGACCCCUGACAUAACAGAGCAAAAUGGUAAUAUUCAUAUCCUCGCUUCAGCGGCAGGCAAAGCAAGGACAGAAGACUCUGACUCCGAACUCCUGCUCCUAUUCCUAAUACGACAUACAAAGUCUGGGGUUGAUGUCGGGUUUGCAGUGAGCCGCAUGCUUUGCUCCCUGACGUCGUUCCUUGACUGAGAGUCUCGAGUUUGGUCAGCAACUCAAGUCAACUCAAGCGAGAUGAAAUUGUCCUGAUAAACUCGGCAAGGACUUGACCUAUCAUUUACAAAACCUCCGGUGACCCUCGCUUGCAGAACAUCCCUUGCGUCGGAGUUGAAGUUUUCAACGCCGACACGUUUUUCAGAGACAUUCUCAAGCAGGGACCACAUGGUGUCUCCAGUAUUCAACAACGGUUCUGCAAUAUUUUCCUUUUUUUAAUUGCUUUCUCGCCUCCCUCAACGUCUUUGGUGUUGGUCUGGCCUGGAGCGUUGCAUCGUGCCUUGUCUUGCCUGCUUGCUGACUAGGCAGAUCUGACAUAUCACAUUCAACGUGCGUUCCCCGCAUUCUCUGUCUCUUACGACAAGGGUUGUUAAUCUUCGGCUGGAGCAAAUUUGCAUGAUGAGCAGGAGGGAGCUUGUCAGCGUCAGGGCCCGUGGUGCCACGCUGCCAUCUACUGCAGGUUCUGCUGCAACGAGCAAGGAUGUCUGCUCUUCUGGCCAUUGCUGUACAGUUACGUAGGGGCACAGGCACAGUCACGUAGUUACGCCUUCAACUCUUUCAAGUGAAAGGGGGUCUUGUCCAAGGGGGAGGGAAAGAAAACGGGAUUGGAUAUUGGCAUAUUGGCCACCCAAUCUCUUGACAAACAAAAACAUUUUUACAUCGCAGGGCAUACAUAUUACCGGGCUACCAGGUUGUUAAGUCUGUGCGAUGACAGGCCAGGACAGGACAGGUGCCUCCUAAGCCCCCAAGCCCAAGGCCCGGGGCAAAAUGCAAAAUGGCAAAUUUCUACAGCAUCAAGUUGCUGCAGCUGCAUGUUUUUGGACAAAAAAGUAAGCUCGCCUUCGUGGCUUAUCAGGGAGGGGGCUUGGGGUUGCCGUGUAAUCCCCGUUCCUACGCUGAGUGGUCACCGGGGGCCAUGGGGUUACACUUUGAGUCUGGGCCGUUAUGAAGCAUUGCAUCUGCAUUUCAAUGGACAGGACAAUGAGAAGAAGGAGAGGAGCAUAAUCGACAGGCCUGCGUCGGGACCAUCGAAGAUCCGCUUCGGCCGCCCUCGCUUGGAGGCAUACCGGGUGCUGGCGGCUCAAAUGGGACAGACACCAGACUCUGAGUUGUGCAUACAGUAUAUACGAAAAGUCAGUCCUAGAAAGAACUUGACUUGUCAGGUUGUACAAAGAACAUGAGCUUUUACUCGUUCUAGGGAGGGACAGAAACAGGCGUGUGUGGCAAGACUCAGACAGCCUCAACUCAACGGGUGAUUGAUUGCGAGGGGGCGAAUCGAAGUUUGCAUACCGUUGCAUCGCAGCCGACCAGUUUCUCUCGUCUAUCAGAGCAGUUUUCUUUUCUUUGUAGUGUUGUCCAUCUUGAGAUUCAACCCCCAUUUGCUAUGCAGCUCUGCCAGCUGAGAUCGCCACGAGGUCGCAUUUUAUUGUACGCAGCAAUUUUGUAAAGCCAGCCAAUCACGUCUGAGCAACCCCAGACUUGUGCUGCGCCCCUAGACGUGGGGAACUCCAACAUUUGUUGAAAUGUUGGAGAGAAAGGAGGAGAAAGGCUCUGAGAAGGGAAAAAGAGACUGGUCGUAUGGCUUUGCAUGAUAUUAACUGCGGGGCGCUUCCGUGCCGUCCUGUAGCUGUCUCUAGCUGCAGAGUUGCGGCUGGCUACGGUACGAAGUGAAAUGCUGGAUGGCCAUUGUUCAACACCAUUCUCGAGUUUACCUGUCAUAUUGUUCCGUCUUUGACCCCUACUAUGAGUGGUAUGAUGCUUAACCAGAAGAGGCCGUCACGGCGUGUCAUGUUGCACCAAGAGAGCUUCAUCCUUGGCGGACCCCUCUCGCUUUCUCUCACUUCUCACAGACGACACUAGCACUCUCGCUAGACGUUGAACCCCGUCGUUCUCAACCUCGCUUCAUGGUUUGACUAAUUACCCCGGAUUUCUCCAGGCUUGGACUCGGCUUUGUCGGUGGCUUCACAGGAGCUAACGGCUACGCCGUGAAAAGGAUGACAAACCUUCUUCGUAGUGCGUUGGACAGAUUCUCCAUUCUUUGUUCGUUACAGCAAGCGCUCGCACUCGAGAUAGUGUGAUUGUUACAGUACCAUGGUCAUGGAAAACAAACCUUCCCGACCGUACCUUUGGGGCCGUCAGUUGAAGGUCUGUAUUCAACAUCAGCCACCAACUGGCAAACACGACGCUUCAGUGUGUGUUGGUGGCAGUGUUGUCAUGAAGAUCCGAGGGCUUGGGCCAGGCUCUCUGACGACAUUUUCUUUGAGGCUCCUGUACGUUAUGGGAUCGUCUUGCAUGAGGGAGAUUAUCACCAGCCAUGUCUAUGCAUGUUUGCAUGCUGGCUUGUCUGGGUCUAGUCGAAACGCAGCUAUCCCUGGUCCGUAAGAUACAGCAGAUAGCUCAGCUUUGGUCAGAGCUAGCUUGGUGAUAGGGAAUAUUGAUGCUGAAUCAUUAUCGAAUACCAGGUCACACCCCCUCUCCCGUGACCUCGAUCAACGUUGCUAUCUUCCACGUUUCCCGUUAGUUCAGUGUUUCUCGUGUGAUAACGACAAGUCUUGUCUACUUGCAUUCUAGCGCACAAAUGCUAGGAGGGAAUGCUGCACAGAACAACUCUGCUGCAAUCAAAGAGGGGAAAUAUUGCGGAGGUGGCGCCUGAGUUGGAUGAUGUCUCGUUCUUGUGCCGUGCCAUGUGACGCAUUUGAUGAGGUGGCAUUUCGAUUGGUGCUUCUGCAGGAACUUUGAGACCCUUGCGUUUUGGAAUGACAUGCUUCACAGAGAGACAGACAAGAAAAAGGGCGCGUCUGGGCACAGUGAGGGGACGUGGUGGGUGUGGUGACCUCUCACGGGACCAUAGUGAUGAUCUUGGAUGAGGGUUCGAUGCGUGGGGGGUUAGAGAAAAGAUGAUCUGCGAGACUAUGGUCUAGGGUAAUGAUAACGGACAUGAAGCUCCAUAUUGAAUCAGUCCAGCAACAUAUCAAUGAACCACUUGAUUCAGUGAAUAAUUGUAAGAUGGUGUAUAACGAAACUCCAGUAUGACUAGAA